CUAUUCACCUUCCUCUUGUUAUCGAGGCGUCCUGGUUUGCGGGCAUCGACUCGUGGCAUCGACUCUUGCUGCGCGUUUCAACUGGGUCGACGUGCGACUGUUCAAUUACGUCUGUGGCAUAAAAUCGAACUCAAGCAUCAAGCAGUAACCGACAUAUAACGCACACAAAUAGCCAAAGAUGGCCGAAGUUGCCGAGGCGGCCGCUGCUGCUCCGCCUGCAACCCAGGAGAAUGGCGAGGAGAUUACUCGUUACUCCCCAGAGCAAGUGCUGAAGGCGCUCAAUGCCAUCCCUGACGAGGAGCGCACGUUCACCGCGACCAGCCUGCGCUCAGCGCUUCAGAACCAGCUGGCGGUGCUGCAGGCGUGCAAGGCGGCCAAGGAGUCGGGCGAGGCCACUACCCUGGCCGAGAUCAACAACAUCAUUGCCUUGUUCCUGAAGAACGUGUACGACAUGGUGUCGGCGCUGCCUGGCGCGCUGGCGUUUGACGCGCUGGAGGACCUGGUGGCGCGCAGCGGCCUGCUGCAGCCGUUUGUGGGCGGCAUGCGCCAGGCCGAUCAGACGCUGGUGCUGGUGCUGGGCCUGCCCUCCAAGGAGACCCUGGCCGACACGUAUGAGGAGCUGAUCCGCAUCGCGGGUGCCGCCAUCGUGUGCUACUACCACUACACCAACUUCCCCAGCCACGUGGACGCCUACCCCUCCGACGAUGCGGUGCUGCUGUUCAGCUCUCUGGCCCUGGCCUCCUGCCGCGACAAGGAGACGUCGGAGGCGCUGGAGGCCAAGUUCACGGAGGCGGGCGCGCCCAUCAGCGUGGCGCAGAUCCGCUGGCUCAUGCACUUCUUCAGGGCGCAGCUGUCGGGUCUGGGCUCUGCGGUGUUCUGGCACCUGGGCGACCGCACGCGCUUCCAGGAGCAGCUGGUGGCGCAGCAGGUCGACUACCUGGGGCUCAUCAAGGCGGUGCCGGAGAACCCCGCGGGCUACAGCUACUACGUGCGCGGCUGCCUGCAGUUCCAGCAGCACUCGGCCGCGGCGCUGUUCGCGCAGAAGGGCGCCGUCGUGGCCGCCGCUCACCACGCCGACUUCUACAAGGCGCAGCUAGACGCGCAGCGCGCCAUUGCGCUGGCGCUGGCUGGCGGUGGCGCUAGCAGCACCGGCGCGGCGGUGGCGGGCGCCGUCGGCCAGCCCAGCCCAGGCGCGGUGGCGGCGGUGGAGGCGCAGCAGGGCGGCGAUAAGAAGGAGGAGGCAGAUGCCAAGGAGGAGGGGGCUAAGGGCAAGGGCGGGAAGGGCGGCAAGAAGGAGGCGGUGCCGGUGUCGCUGUUCAAGGUGGGCGAGGUGCGGGCGCUGCUGGAGGCCACCAAGUCAGGGCUGGAGGCGGAGAGGGCGCAGCUGCCCAAGGUGUUCGAGGGCCUGGUAUCGCUGAAUGUGGUUGACGCCAAGGUGAUUGCUGACAAGGUGGAGCCGCUGGUGGCGGCCAGCUCGGUGCCGGAUGUGGCGGAGCUACCUGCGCUGUCGGACUUCAUGUACCCCACGCAGGCGCCGCAGCACCUGCCGCGGGGCGCGGUGUCGGUGGGCGGCGAGGAGGAGGCCGGCGAGGGGGAGCAGCAGCAGAAGGGGGCAUCAGGGAGGGCGAACGGCGGCGGGGUGCGCGUGGGCGGCGGGAGGGGCGGCAAGGGUGGCAAGGGCCGAGGGAAGAAGUAACUGUGGCGGUGCCUUGGGGGCUUGUGUGGGAUUGAGGGCUGCAUCAGCAGUUGUUGGAGUUGGAUGUGCGAAAAUGGACCGAUAUAUCUUUACAAUGGAGCCCGGCCUAUUGUAGAUCUGAUGACCUGACGCGAAAGCACAGUACUGCCCCUAGACAGACCGUACCGGUGUGCCAGUUGACUGGCUGAUGUAUGACGACUAUCCAGCUUUGCUCUGCAAAUGCUGGCAUGAUGGAUCAGGCCGGGUGUGUUGUUACUGUUGUGAGGUUUUCAGGUGUGCGACGUGGAAUGGGUGUGCGAUGGGACAGGGUUCAGGCAGGUUGGCGAGGUCCCGUAGGGUGCAGCUGACGCCCAUACCCCAAGCAGACGUGGAAUGGGUGCGAUGGGUGCAAUCCACCCCCCUAUACACGUUAAAAGGGCAGCGAGUUGUAAUGGGCGAGUGGGACUCCUGCGCCUUUUGUGAUUUGUAGGCUUGUGAACUGCGCCAGCAGGAUGAUCAGAUCCCUCCGAUGACCGCGUGGAACCGGUAAAGGGUGGUGGAGUCCUGACCAUGUGCAACGUUAUCUGCAGACCUGAACAGUGCAUUCAUCAAUCAAGGUGCACCG